AUGAGGUCCCCGCGAUUCAAGAUCGAGUAUCGCCAGUCAAGGACUCGUCCGACGAAUCACCCGACCCACGUACAUAAGCUUCAACGUCCAGCUUCUUCUCAGGAUCAAACUCCCCUACACAAUUCACAAACCGCCCCUCUCGCGAAUCCAAUGGCGCCUCUCAACAUUAUCAUAGUAGGCGGUAGCCUCUCCGGCGCUCUUCUUGUGAACGGGCUCCUGUCCAACAACACCUCUUUCACUGUCUACGAACGCGACGCGGCAGACCCCAAACGAGAAGGCUACCAAAUUCAACUCGGCGACUCCGCUAUCACUGGCUUCAAAGCAUGUCUUCCUAAAGACUGUAUGGACCUUAUCACAAGGAAAUUCGGCCAAUCAAGCGGCUCAACAGCCACUGCUCCAGCCAUCUACAACACUCGAUAG